GCUCCCCGGGGCAGCUGCCAGAGCUCGGCGCUGGGCGGUGCACGGGGCUCGGCGGCUCCGCAGGUCAGUGCGCGCCUGGCCGCCGACCCGUGCCUGCGGGACAGAAAAAAAUUGAAGAAAUAAGCAUUACUCUUGCUGUUUGGAAUACGUUGAGAAAGUGAUCUAAGUGGAGCAACAUGAAUUACUCUCGAUUCAUCACUGCUGUAAGCGCAGCAAGAAAGGCAUCUCCAAUAAGAGUUCUGACUGAACUAAUGCAGAGGUCCCCACCAUCAUUAAUCUCUCUGGCUGGCGGGGCACCAAACCCUAACACUUUCCCAUUUAAAACUGCCAGGAUCACCAUUGCAGAUGGAACUGCUGUUGAGAUGGGGGAGGAUUUGAUGAAGAGAGCCCUCCAGUACUCUGCCUCAGCCGGAAUUCCUGAGCUGUUGUCCUGGCUAAAGGAUUUACAGAAGAGUCUCCACAGUCCCCCCACAGUCAACUACAGUCCUGAUCAGGGACAAAUGGAGAUAUGUGUCACCACAGGCAGCCAGGAAGGCCUAUGUAAAGUGUUUGAGAUGCUUAUUAACCCUGGGGACAACAUCCUCCUGGAUGCCCCCACAUAUCCUGGAACACUAGCAGCUCUGAGACCCCUGGGCUGUAAUAUAAUAAAUGUCCCCAGUGACCAACAUGGUAUUAUUCCAGAAGCCCUGAAAGAGAUUCUCUCCAGGUGGAGCCCAGAAGAUGUAAAAAACCAGUGCAACAAUGUCCCCAAAUUUUUGUACACCAUUCCAAAUGGUGGCAAUCCCACUGGAACCUCACUGACCACUGACCGCAAAAAGAAAAUAUACCAGCUUGCAAGACAAUACGAUUUCCUUGUAGUAGAAGAUGAUCCAUAUUAUUUUCUUCAGUUUGAUAAGCCUUGGCCCCCAACCUUUCUCUCCAUGGAUAUUGAUGGUCGAGUUAUUAGGACUGACUCUUUUUCUAAAAUUCUCUCAUCUGGGUUGAGAAUUGGCUUUCUAACUGGUCCCAAACCUCUUAUCGACAGAGUUAUUCUACAUAUACAGGUUUCAACAAUGCACACCAGCACUUUCACGCAGCUUAUGAUAACACAGCUUCUUCAGCAGUGGGGAGAAAAAGGUUUUCUGGAGCAUGUAGGCAGAGUAGUGGAAUUCUACAAGAGCCAGCGGGAUGCAAUGCUUGUUGCAGCAGACAAGUGGUUAAAAGGUUUGGCAGACUGGUACUCCCCUGCUGCUGGAAUGUUUCUAUGGAUUAAAAUUAAGGGAGUUUCUGACACCCAACAGUUGAUCAUGGAAAGAGCUUUGCAGAAAGAAGUAUUACUGGUUCCUGGGGGAGCAUUUAACAUUGAUAGUUCACAUCCUAGUUCUCAUGUUAGAGCUUCCUUCUCUCUGUCUUCUCCAGCUCAGAUGGAUCAGGCAUUUCAGAGGUUGGCUGAGCUUAUAAAAGAAGCUGUGUGAAGAGGAGAACUGAAAAGCUAUAGCUAACUCAAAUGUAUUCGGAAAAUUUGCACCAUUAUGAAAAUUAGAAUUUCAUCCUGCAAGUUACAGAAAAAUCCAUUGCCCUAGCUGUUAGCCAUGGCUGGCAUUUUAAACGUGGACAAAGAAUCACCAGAAGACCUUUCAGUUGGAAGUACAGUUAUAUUUUAAGAAGAAUUAAAAUAUAAUUAAUCUUAAUGCACUGAUUCCUUUUCAUGACUGAGAAAGACACUAUCCCAAAUUCCAGUGCAGCUGUGAUUAUAUGAUACGUGCUAUAUGUGAUUAUGCUAUAGCAAAACUGGUUAACACUGGGUGUGUCUACAAGUGACAGUAUGUCGCCGGAGUCUUUAAGGCCCCCCUACAAGUGACAGGUAUUGCGCAAGUAUCUGGUUAAUUGUACUGUUACCUUAAGGUCAACUACAUGUGCAAAGUAGCUA